GCACUAGUCAGCUGAUUAAAGCAUAUGAUCCUGCAGGACGGGAAAACAUUUCAUUCAUUCUUUCGUAAAUUUAAGAACACAUAAACCGAAUUAGCGAUGCCAGGACGGGGGAAAUUAAUCGCUGUUAUCGGGGAUGAAGACACAUGUACCGGAUUUCUGCUUGGUGGUAUCGGGGAGCUCAAUAAAAACCGAAAACCUAAUUUCUUGGUUGUGGAGAAGGACACUAGCAUCACAGAGAUAGAGGAGACAUUCAAGAGUUUCCUGGCUCGCAAUGACAUUGGCAUUAUCCUCAUCAACCAGUUCAUUGCCGAGAUGAUUCGUCAUGCCAUAGAUGCCCACAUGGAGUCUAUCCCUGCAGUGCUGGAAAUUCCUUCCAAAGAGCAUCCGUAUGAUGCCUCCAAAGAUUCAAUCCUGCGGAGGGCCAAGGGCAUGUUCUGUGCAGAGGACUUCCGAUAAGCAGCUACCCCCAUGGUGUCACAAUGUGGCUGGAUGGAGGAGGAGAGAAGUUGUGUGUUUGGUUGGUGGUGACGUGUGGUCUACCAUGUGGUUUACUUCUAGUUCUCCUUCAUCCUGCUGAAGCUGGAAACCAGAUUAUAUAAUGUAUUUGUAUCCAGUUGAUGUUGUGUGUGUAUUGUGUAUUGUAAAUGCCCCUGGUCAGAAUUGUUUAUAAUAAUAUCAUACAUGCAAACAAAUAGAAAUGGACUAUUUCACCCUGCCCAUUAUUUAAUAGACAUUAUAUAUCUCACCAUUAAUAUAUAGAUAUAAUUUGUAAAGUUCUGGUAAUACAGUUCACAGCUUUAUAUUUUUCUGUCUAAAUUAACAGAAAUACAUUUUCAUGUUAAUAUGACUGACUGCUUGAACUUGUAAACUGUUAUAAAUAGUUAUAGUAGAGGUCAGGUCGAUUUCUGUUGCUUUGUGGCUCAGUUUUUUAAGUUUGUUAGUUUGCGUAUAAGUUUGUGGCAUUUUUGGGCACUGUAACCACGAGAGCUCUUAUAAUGUGAUGUCAUUAAAAAAUAAACAUAAACGUGUGUCUUGAAAACUGCGAAUUGCGG